GGUGAACGAUUCACUAGUACAAGCUAGGAGGUGAUAUAAAGGCGCACGCGGCUCUGAUUUGGUCUGAUUUGGUCUGUAACACGGGAGAACUAGUUUGAUAGCGGGAAGUCCGUCGCUGCCACACCACUUUUUACCAUCAUGGUGGUGUGGGCGGUGUUGAUAUUGGCAGCGGCCGCGUUGAUCGAUGCAGCGGUACCAGAUCCACCGGAAAAUCAGCCUGGUAUCACGACGAUCGGUUCCAAAAAAUUAGCGACUGCCGCCGACUGCGCCGGAGUCGUCGCCUUCUCUGCUACUCAAGGAUCGGUGCAUGAAGCCAGACUCGUACUUGCCGACACUCUGGUGGACAAAGGAGUCGGUUAUGCAGCGGAAACGGGGAUUUUCACCACGCAUUGUCCAGGCCUCUAUCAAUUCAGCUUCGCCGGGUACGGUAGCACGGACCUGCGGCUAACCUUGAAACGCAAACUGAACAAAUCCGACAGUUGGAGACCGAUUGUCAGCGUUGGUCCAGGCGGAGGAAGCAAUCUCGUACUAUUGGACACCGAAGCUGGUGAUCAAUUCGCUGUCUUCGUUGAGUCCGGCAAGAUUGCCGACGGGGCCACUUUCACGGCCCAUCGCGUUUACAAAAGAUAAGCAUCUGAGAAAAAAGAUGAGAACGCUCCAGCAAAAUCUAAAUGUUGUGCGAAUAUCGGAAAUAUUUUUUACGGUCUCAUUUCGAAGGCUUUAUAUUUGAAAAAGUUUAUAAAAUUUGUAGUUCUAAAAAUUUCUCGAGAUAAAUUCGAUAUUCUGUGAUAGCUACUUUUCUCCUUGCGUUUUCUUCUUUGAUUUUUAUCUUUCACUUUGCGCUUUUAUUAACUCUC